AUGUUUAUAGAUUACAGAGCAUUGAACAAAAAAAACGAUAAAAACCAGGUUCCAUUACCAAGAAUUGAUGAAGUAUGGGAUCAAGUCGGUAAAGCUAAAUACUUCUCGACGCUGGAUCCUAGAUCUGGAUAUCAUCAAAUAAGGCUGAAAGACUCAGACAUAGAGAAAACUGCUUUUAGGACGAGGCUCUUUUUAGAUACAUUUGUUCUUGUAUAUCUUGACGAUAUACUUGUUUACAGCAAAACGAAAGAAGAGCACGUGAAACACCUCAAAACAGUAUUAAUCCUAUUGAGAGAACACAAGCUGUAUGGGACGCUAUCAAAAUACUUUGCAACAAUUGCGACCCCUCUUUCAAACCUUAUUCGAAAAAAUAAUCCCUUGAAAUGGGAAAAGCCGCAAGCUUUAGCAUUUCAGGAGCUAAAGCAGCGAUUAACAGAAGCACCAGUGCUAAGAUGUGCAGAUCCAAAUCUGCCAUAUCAACUAACUGCAGACGCAUCUCAAACAGGUGUCGAAGCGGUGCUGACCCAAACCGACGAAUCCGCAUGUCGACCUGUGGCAUACGCUUCUAGAAAACUGAACCCAGCAGAGCAAGGAUACAGUACGCAUGAGCGAGAGCUCUUAGCUAUCAUCUAUGCCCUGCAUACGAGGAGACCAUACUUACAUGGUUCUAAAUUCAAGAUCAUGAAUGAUCAUCAUCCGUUAAAAUAUCUGGAUACACAGAAAACGGGAAAAUCAAACGUCGUAGCUGAUGCACUAUCUCGACAAUAUAAAGAAAACGGCUUCACUUAUAUCAAGGCAUUAUUAUUAGCCAACUAUGACGAAAGAUAUCCACAAUUACGUGAAAAAUGCCUUCAAUGCCAAGAGGCAAAGAGCUCAACUCAGAACCAACUUGGAAACCUAAGACCGUUUCCACCUCCAACUAAGAAAUGGGAAGUCAUUUCAAUGGACUUCAUAUUCGAUUUACCUAAAACAAUGGACGGUAAAACCGCAAUUAUGGUCGUUGUAGAUAAACUAUCAAAAAGAACACACUUUAUACCACUCCGAUCGGACAACAGCGCCAAAACCAUAGCAACAACGUUCUGCAAAGAAAUAAACAAACACCAUGGACUACUGCGAAAAAUAAUAUCAGAUCGAGAUACAAGAUUCGGACUGGGAAAAUAUUUACCAGGAGUAGAAUUUGCUUACAACAAUCAUGUCAACGAUACUACUCGCCAAACACCAUUCUUUUUGGAGUACGGUCAACACCCUUUCGCAAUAUCUGAUAUAAUUCAUUCAGAUAUAAGCGAAAAUGCACUCAAGAAACACAUAGGCGACAAAGUUAUGCUAUCAACCAAGAAUCUACCAAUCAAUCCAGGUAGAACCAAGAAAUUCGCUCCGAAAUACAUCGGACCAUUCACAGUAUUGGAAGUCCUAGCAAGUGUGCAUACCAAUUAG